UAUUGUUGCAGCAGCCAAAGGCAGAGGAAUUAUGCCAUUGUUCAGUAGCGCGUUGACUCUUCAGAGCGACGUGCUGCUAUUAUAGCGCAGGUUGGAGAGGCGUGGGCUACUACCGAUCCCCUAUGAGUGAGGCUUUGAUGUUCGCACAGACGGGCUCUUUACCAGUGCGUCCCGCUGCUAUAGGCUUGGCAUGAAUGGCAUUCUCUAUUGGUGGCUGUGCGUACAUAUAGAGGAGCGCUCGCGCGGGAUAAGGGUUGGCGCCUGAGGUUCAUAUUUUCAACUUUUUAAGGAAUUAAAUAUCAGUCAACCCGGCUGUAAAUUUCGAUCGGACAUGAUGGAUUUAUGACAAACUGCAUGCUUUUUCUGAUGGAGUUGGAUUGACGAUUGACUCAUUUGAGCGUCCAUGCGUGUUAUAUUAGAGAUGUGUUUUAUCCCUUAUUCUAGAGCUGAUGUUGUAGGACAAGUUUCGGACACCAAAAUGUGUAUAUUUUUUAUUUUCAUAUUAUCAACUUUAGAAAUAUGUCAGUCGCUGGCCCCUCGGAACGUUUAUACAAAUCACUGGGCAGUGCGUAUUGCAGGGGGACAAGAAGAAGCGGAUAAACUUGCUGCUAAAUAUGGUUAUAAUAAUUAUGGACAGAUCGGGAGCCUGGAGGACCACUACCAUUUCCACCACAGCAGAGUGGUGCGCAGAGCAGCUUUCUCCACUAGGGGUGCUCACUCCUUCAUCCAGAUGGACCCAAAGGUUGACUGGGUCCAACAGCAGCGAGUGAAGCAGAGAGUAAAGAGAUACAUCAAAAGCGACACCAGAAGCCCUGACCCCAACUUCGUCCACUUCAACGACCCCAAAUGGUCCAACAUGUGGUAUAUUCACUGUACGGACAAGAACAAUCGCUGUCGGUCAGAGAUGAACAUUCUGGCAGCGUGGCAGAGAGGCUACACGGGCAAGAACGUGGUGGUCACCAUCCUGGACGACGGCAUCGAGAGGAACCACCCUGACCUGGCACAGAACUAUGACCAGCUGGCGAGUUAUGAUGUCAACGGGAACGACCAUGAUCCAACUCCUCGUUAUGAUUCUAGUAACGAGAACAAACAUGGGACGCGGUGUGCCGGUGAGGUUGCAGCUGUGGCCAAUAACUCCCACUGCAUUGUGGGAAUUGCAUACAAUGCACGCAUUGGAGGUAUUCGUAUGCUGGAUGGUGAUGUGACAGAUGUAGUAGAGGCGAAGUCCCUCGGUGUCAGACCUGACUACAUAGACAUCUACAGCGCCAGCUGGGGACCUGACGACGAUGGAAAGACUGUGGACGGACCAGGGCCUCUGGCCAAACAGGCCUUCGAGAUGGGCAUCAAAAAGGGCCGGAAGGGUCUGGGAUCCAUCUUUGUUUGGGCAUCGGGGAACGGCGGUCGCCAGGGCGACCACUGUUCAUGUGAUGGCUACACCAACAGCAUCUACACCAUCUCCAUCUCCAGCACCACAGAGAAUGGCAACAAGCCCUGGUACCUGGAGGUCUGCUCCUCCACACUGGCCACCACCUACAGCAGCGGGGAGUUCUAUGACAGGAAGAUAGUGACCACAGACUUGCGGCAGCGAUGUACUGAUGGCCACACUGGUACCUCUGUGUCGGCUCCCAUGGUGGCUGGGGUCAUCGCUCUCACUCUGGAGGCCAACCCAUUGGUCAGCUGGAGAGAUAUCCAGCACCUGCUGGUCAAGACGUCCAGGCCUGUCCACCUGAAGGCCAACGACUGGAAGACCAACGCAGCCGGACACAGAGUGAGUCACCUGUAUGGCUUUGGGCUGGUGGAUGCAGAGGGUAUGGUGGUGGAGGCUAAGAAGUGGAGGAGUGUUCCUACCCAGCACACCUGUACUAGGAUGUCUGAACGACGUACCAGGAGGAUAUUGUCAGUAAUUGGGGAUGUCUACGCAUGAUGAGCUCAUAGCAGGCUGUUGAAGAUGCGUAGCGUCUAGGUGUUUAUGAAGCACAU